AUGCUUAAAAGCCUUGUAUUGGUUUUUGGUCAAGUUUUGGCUAAUACUAUAUCAUGUGAACUUGUUGAGCAGAAGAAGAGGAAUUCUGAUAGAAUUGAGCAACAUUUGGCCAAGACUAGAGCGGCAAUUUGGGAAGCGAUUGUUUUGAAGAGUUUCAAAUCGGAGGAGAAGGAGAGUUUUGUCCCAAGAGGAUCUGUUUACAAGAAUGCAUAUGCUUUUCAUCAGAGUCACAUAGAGAUGGUGAAGAGAUUUAAAGUGUGGAGCUACAAGGAAGGAGAGCACCCAAUUUUCCAUAUAGGGGCAGUGAACAACAUAUACGCCAUUGAAGGGCAAUUCAUAGAUGAAAUAGAGAGUGAGAAGAGUCCUUUUAAGGCUAGAAAUCCUAACGAGGCUCAUGCGUUUUUCUUGCCGUUUAGCGUAACGAAUGUCGUUCACUAUGUUUACAAGCCAAUUAUGUCCAAAGAUGACUACAAGCGUGAUCGACUGCAUAGACUAGUGAAUGACUACAUUGGUGUUGUGGCCAAUAAGUAUCCCUUUUGGAACAGAAGCAACGGUGCUGAUCAUUUUAUGGUUUCUUGUCAUGACUGGUGGUUUCUUUCUCAUUUGCUAAUUUGCUUAUUUGUUGGGCCAGUUAAUUUGCUCUGUUUGUGCCCAAGUGGUUUCGAAGUAGCAAGCCCAAGAGUGGUGGAGGCAAUUUAUGCAGGGUGUGUUCCAGUGAUCAUAUCCGAUAAUUACUCCUUACCAUUUAGUGAUGUACUUAACUGGAAAAAAUUUUCAGUAGAAAUUCCAGUUUCAAAGAUACCAGAAAUUAAGAACAUUUUGAAAGGGGUUUCCAAUGAGAAAUAUUUGAAAAUGUACAAGUGUGUGUCUAAAGUUAGAUUUCAGAGGCAUUUUGUAGUAAACCGGCCAGCUAAGCCAUUUGAUGUAUUUCAUAUGUUGCUUCACUCGGUUUGGCUUAGAAGACUUGAUUUUAGGUUAGGAGAUUGA